AGGCGGGCACCCGGUGCGUCCCCGGAGCGGGGAGGCCAGGCCCGGCAGCCCUGGGGCCGGUCGGGGCGGCAUCACUGCACCCUCCGCCAGGCCCCGCGGGAUGCACCGUGGGAGCCGAGGGCGGAGGCGACACUCUCAGGUAAAUUGGCAGGAUGAAGAGCAGCAAAUCAAAAGAGGUGCCUUUACCAAAUCCAAGGAACUCUCAAAGCAAGGAUACUGUCCAAGCAGAUAUAACCACAUCGUGGAAUGCACUUUCUCAGACCAAGGCUGCUCUGAGACACAUUGAAAACAAAUUAGAAGUUGUCCCUACAAGUACAGCUGUGUUUGAUUCUGUCAUGGAUACCAAGAAAUCUUCUGCAAGUGCUACCAGAAAAAUAAGUAGAAAAGAUGGUAGAUUCCUGGAUGACUCUUGGGUUAAUGCUCCAACCUCCAAAUCUUCAAAAUCACGAAAAGAGAAAUCUCGCAGCCCUCUCAGAGUUACCACCCUGGAGAGUAACAUAAGGAAAAAUAACCGCGUGGAGUUUCGUGAACCUUUGGUUUCUUACAGGGAAAUCCAUGGCACACCUUCCAAUAUAAGUCCUAGCCAUCUAGAGUCAAAGCAUGUAUAUUGUGUGGAUGUUAAUGAAGAAAAGCCUGAGAGUGGGAACCGGAGGAUCUGCAAUCGAGAAGAACGGAACAUACAUUGCUGUGAUUUUGAGAGCUCCCAAUCAUCUGUCAUCAAUGAUACAGUGGUUAGGUUUUUAAAUGAUCGACCAGCAAUUGAUGCGUUGCAAAAUUCUGAAUGUUUGAUUAAGAUGGCAGGUCCUGUGAGGACUGAGGAAGAAAAGCCUAGUAGAGCAAAAGGAAAUGAGAAGGCUUCUGUAAGUAACAUGGGCCAUGAUGUUGAUCCAAAAGUGUUACGGAUAACGGACUCUUCUCCGUCCUCUACGAGUACUUGUAAUUCCCAAAGAUUAGAUAUUUUAAAGCAGCGACAACAUGAUGUCAAACUGGAAAAACUCAAGGAGCGAAUUAGGAAACAGUGGGAACACUCAGAAGAAACAAAUGGCCGGGGCCAGAAUCUGGGUCAUAUUGACCAUCCAGUAAUGGUUGUUAAUGUUGAUAACUCAGUGACAGCAAAAGUCAGGAAAGUGGCAACAGCACCACCUGCUCCAACAUAUAAAGGCUUCAAUCCUUCAGAGACCAAGAUUCGAACACCUGAUGGGAAAGUGUGGCAGGAGGCUGAAUUUCAAAACAUGAGUCGAGAAGUGUAUCGAGACUUAGCACUUCACUUUGCAGAUGAUAUCUCUAUGAAAGAGAAACCUGCUGAAAAAAGUAAAGAGAAAAAAGUGGUCAAGCCAGUGCGAAAAGUCCAAAAGGUAACACAGUUAUCAAGUCCAGAAGGCAAAACAGGUAGCAGUCGUCUGAUAAGUACAUCUUCUUGGCGAGAUGGACAAAAAUUAGUAAAGAAGAUUCUGGGGCCUGCACCCAGAUUGGAGCAAAAAGAGCGAAGAACAGCAUCAAGUGACAGAAGUGGAAGAGAAAGAACUACUAAAUCUGGGCGUCAUAUUGGAAGAGCAGAAUCUGAUCCUAGAUUGGAUGUUUUGCAUAGACAUCUUCCACGAAACUCAGAACGUUCGAGAAGUAGAGCUCGGUCUGAGACUAAUACAAAGAAAUUAGCUCCAUCUCUUCCAGAUAAUAAACAGGAGGACAAUACUGCCUUAAAUAAGGACUUUUUACCUCUUGAAAUUCGUGGAAUUCUUGAUGACCUACAGCUGGAUUCUACAGUUCAGGCUGCCAGGCAAGAAAUAGGAGAGUUACAGAAUCCGAAGUCAUCAGCACCAGUACAAGCUCCUAGGAGUCACAGCCCAGUAAAAAGAAAACCUGACAAAAUAACAGCUAAUGAAGAUCCCCCUGUUAUUUCCAAAAAGCGCCACUAUGACACAGAUGAGGUACGACAGUACAUUGUUAGACAGCAGGAGGAAAGGAAGAGGAAGCAAAAUGAAGAGAAGAAGGCUCAAAAGGAGGCCACCGAGCAAAAGAACAAACGAUUACAGGAGCUCUAUCGGAAACAGAAAGAAGCCUUUACUAAAGUCAAAAAUGUGCCUCCUUCUGAGCCAUCAGUAACCAGGCGACUGCAGGAAACUUACUCCAAAUUGCUACUAGAAAAGACCUUGCUUGAAGAGCCGCCUCACCAACAUGUCACACAGGAAACUCAGACCAGACCAGGGUAUCAACCUUCUGGAGAAUCUGACAAAGAAAACAAAGUCCAGGAACGUCCCCUAAGUGCAUCUUCCAGUAGUGACAUGUCUCUGUCAGAACCUCCACAGCCUCUUGCAAGAAAGGACCUGAUGGAACCUACUUGGAUGCAGCCUGACAGAUUGAGCCCACGAGUCCACAAUUCUCAACCACAGCCUCUUGCUGGAACAGCUGGAAAUUUACUCUCCCAUCUCUUGAGUCUAGAGCAUGUAGGAAUUUUGAAUAAGGAUUUUGAAUCUAUUUUACCACCCAGGAAGAAUCAUAAUAUGGCCUCAGGGCCAUUAACUUUUACACCUCAACCAUAUCUGACCUCACCAGCUGCUCAUCCAGAUGCCUUGUUAAAACCUAAUGCCAGCCAGUAUAAAAGUAAACUGGAUCGUAUUGAAGCCUUGAAAGCAACAGCUGCUUCUCUGUCCAGCAGGAUUGAAAGUGAAGCCAAGAAAUUAGCUGGGGCUAACAUUAACUAUGGGUCAGUAUGGAGCACUGAGUAUGAUGUACAGCGAACACCCCAAGAGGAUGGAUCUUGGACGAAGGCUCCAAGUCCACCUAUGAAAGAGGAUACUGAAGAUGUUUUCUCUGCCCGAAUUCAAAAGAUGAUGGGAACCUGUGUAUCUCAUGCAACUUUUGAUGACGAUCUUCCUGGUGUAGGCAACCUUAGUGAAUUUAAAAAGCUUCCUGAGAUGAUAAGACCUCACAGUGCCAUAUCAAGGUUUAGAAUGCGAUCCCCCGGUCCCAAACCAGAAGGGCUGCUGGCACAAUUGUGUAAGAGGCAGACUGACUCUUCUAGCUCUGAUAUGCAAGCUUGUUCUCAAGAUAAAGCCAAAUUGUCUCUUGGCUCCAGCACAGAUUCAGUCAGUGAAGGGCCUCUUCUUAGUGAAGGGAGUCUCUCUGAAGAAGAGGGAGGCCAUGAUGGACAGCCCCCAUUGAAGGUAGCAGAAAUCUUAAAGGAAAAGGAAUUUUGUGCUGGUGAAAGAAAUGGUUAUGAACCCAUCAAAGAAUUUCAGAAGGAAGCUGAAAAAUUCUUGCCACUUUUUGGGCACAUAGGUGGUACACAAAGCAAAGGACCAUGGGAAGAAUUGGCAAAGGGAAGUCCACAUAGUGUCAUUAAUAUUUUUACAAAAUCCUAUCAGUUGUAUGGAAAAGGGUUUGAAGACAGGUUGGAAAGAGGAACCUCAGCCUCGCGGCCUUUAAAUGCCGUCACGACCCCUGUGAGCAGUGUUUCAUAUGAAGAUGACUUUGUCUCCUCUCCAGGGAGUGGGACUUUGACAGAAAGAAAAUCAGCUCUUGAACCUAAUAUCGCAGCUGGCAGUGUGGGCCUUCAAGAGGACCAUUGUAGCAGAAAAUCUGCCUAUGACCUGUCCUCUGUGGACAUUACCUCCCAGCGCUCGUCAGGGGCCCAGUCUGCUGCAUCAUCUCGCUCAUCUGCGUCUUCUAAAGGGAAGAAAGGAAAAAAAGAAUGGCUGGAUUCACUCACUGGAAAUGUUCAGAACUCACUUCUUGAUGAGGAGAAAGUACACUCCGGCUCAGAACGUGGCUCUCAUCAAGGAAAGAAAUCUGGGACCAGUAGCAAAGUUUCUGUUAAAGACUUUGAGCAGACUCUUGACACUGAUAGCGUUUUAGAGGAUCUUUCUGGGCAUUCUGUGAGUGUCUCGUCAGACAAGGGAAGAUCUCAGAAAACUCCAACUUCUCCCCUAUCUCCAAGUUCCCAGAAAUUGUUGCAGUUUGACCUUCCAGGAACUUCACUGGAAAGAUCUAAAUCCUCGGUAAUAAUGCCUCCAUCUGUGACAGGAUUUAAGUCUAAUGCACCUUUUACUGACAUGAACCCUCCUGCCAGCAGAACGCCCUCAGAGAUGGCCUCGGCACCAGGUUCUAAGCGCUUUUCUCCUGCUGGCCUCCAGCAUCGAAUGGCGGCAGAACUCAGUUACUUGAGUGCCAUUGAGGAGUCCGUGCGCCAGCUCUCAGAUGUGGAGAGAGUUAGGGGCAUAUCGCUGGCUCAGCAGGAGAGCGUGUCUCUGGCUCAGAUCAUAAAGGCACAGCAGCAACGCCAUGAAAGAGACUUGGCCCUUUUGAAAUUGAAGGCUGAACAAGAGGCUCUGGAGUGUCAGAGACAAUUAGAAGAAACCCGAAACAAAGCAGCUCAGGUCCAUGCAGAAUCAUUACAGCAGGUGGUCAAAUCACAGCGGGAAGUCACCGAAGUCCUGCAGGAAACAACUUGUAAAAUAGCUGCUCAGCAAACAGAGACUGCUCGCCUCACCACAGAUGCAGCUCGCCAAAUCUGUGAAAUGGCAGAGUUGACUCGGACUCAUAUCUCAGAUGCCAUUACUGCCUCAGGAGCUCCCCUAGCAACGCUGUAUGACCACCAGCGGCAGCAUGCUCCCGACUUCGUGAAACAGCUGAGGACCAGAGCUGAAGCAGAUAGGAAAAGUCCAUCUGUUUCACUCUCCCAGAGUAAAGAAGGGACCCUUGACUCAAAGCAUCAGAAAUAUUCCCCUUCAUAUGAUAGUUAUUCUGAGUCAUCAAGAUAUAAGAAUCAUGAUCGAAGAAGUAGCAGUGGUAGCAGCCGUCAAGAAAGUCCCUCAGUUCUAUCUUCUAAGGAAAAUGAGAGGAAGCUUCAUGGUGAAAAGAUGGAGAGUUCUAUUGAUGAACAGGUUCAGACCGCUGCAGAUGAUUCUCUACGAAGUGACAGCGCACCCUCUCUUCCUGAUGAGAAAGAUUCAACUUCUAUUGCAACAGAAUAUUCACUGAAAUUUGAUGAAUCUAUGACAGAAGAUGAAAUAGAAGAAAAAUCAUUUCGAUCUUUACUACCUUCUGAGAGCCAUCGCAGAUUUAACAUGGAAAAGAAAAGAGGCCAUCAUGAUGACUCUGAUGAUGAAACUUCUCCGGAAAAGACAACACUGUCUUCUGCUAAGGAGCUGAGCAUGCCAUUCUCAGGAGGACAAGAUAGUUUUUCUAAGUUUACGAUGGAGAUGGUUCGACAGUAUAUGAAAGAAGAGGAAAUGAGGGCAGCUCACCAGUCUUCACUCCUGCGUCUCCGUGAGAAGGCCUUGAAGGAGAAAACUAAGGCUGAAUUAGCCUGGUUAGAGCAUCAGAAAAAACAUCUACGAGACAAAGGAGAAGAUGAUAAAAUGCCCCCACUUCGGAAGAAACAGCGUGGUUUGCUUUUAAGGUUGCAGCAAGAGAAGGCGGAAAUUAAACGUCUUCAAGAAGCCAAUAAGGCAGCUCGAAAGGAAAGACAACUAAUUCUUAAACAGCAGGAGGAGAUAGAGAGGAUCCGACAGACCACCAUGAAAUUACAGGAGAAGCUGAAGUCAGCAGGGGAGAAUAAAUUGGACUCUCAUAGUGACGAUGAUACAAAGGAUAAUAAGGCAACCAGUCCUGGUCCAACUGACUUGGAGACCCGCAGUCCUUCCCCCAUUUCAAUCUCCAGCAGUGAAACUAGCAGCAUUAUGCAGAAACUGAAAAAAAUGAGAAGCCGCAUGGAUGAAAAACACUGCUCUCCUGUUCACUACUUCUUCUCUGUCUUUACGUCUCACCACUGGGCCUCUCUCAGUGUCUGUUUUCCCAACCUUCAUCCCAAAUUCCAGCUGUAUAUCUACAACCAGUUGGUCAGGUUUCUGACAAAGCGAGAGCAGAAACUAAUGCAACGGCGACAACACGCAGAGGAGCUGCUGGAGUGGAAGCGACGUUUGGAUGCAGAGGAAGCAGAAAUUCGUCAAAUGGAGAAACAAGCUUUGGCUGCCUGGGACAAAGAAUUAAUAAAACCUAAAACUCCGAAGAAAGAAAUUGAGGACCAGAGAACAGAACAGAAAGAAAUAGCAAGUGAUGCAGAAUCUCCAGUACCUUCUUACUCUCACCUCCACAGUGAAAGCUCUAUUCCAGAAGAAUUGGGCAGUCCUGCUGUUGGAUAUAUACCCUCCGAGUCUAUAGUUCAGGAGCAGUCAGGGAGUCCAGAUCAUAGUGUACUUACUGAAGAAAUGGUUUUUUCACAAGAACUGGAAUCUUCUACCUCUCCUAGUAAACAUUCACCUCCCAAAAGCUGCACAUCAGUGUCAAAGCAGGAGUCUAGCAAAGGAAGUCAUAGGACUGGAGGACAGUAUCGUCUACCUAUCAAGUCCCAUCAACACUGUUCUAGUUGGUCAGAUGAGUCAUUAUCUAUGACACAGUCAGAAACAACAUCUGACCAAAGUGACAUUGAAGGUAGGAUCAGAGCCCUAAAGGAUGAGCUGCGGAAAAGAAAAUCAGUUGUGGACCAGCUGAAGAAGGAACAGAGAAAACGGCAGAAGGAAAGACUGAAAGCCCAAGAAGCCAGUCUGAUCAAACAGUUAGAGUCAUAUGAUGAAUUCAUUAAGAAAACUGAAGCAGAGCUUAGCCGAGAUUUGGAAACAUCACCAACAGCCAAGCCUCAAAUUAAAACGCUCUCCUCAGCUUCUGAAAAACCCAAGAUCAAGCCCCUUCCACUACACAGAUCUGAAACAGCAAAGAACUGGAAAUCACUAACAGAAUCAGAGCGUGCCAGAGGGUCGUUGGAGUCCAUUGCUGAACAUGUUGAUGCUGCAUUGGCAGGUUCUGAGAGAUCAGUAUCGGAAAGGUCUUUAUCUGCAUAUGCGAAGAGAGUCAUUGAAUUGGAUAGACAAACAGAAGAGCAUUUUCAGACUUCAUCCCCAAUUCUUAGAUCAUCAAGGAAAGCCAGAGCAGAAUCUGGCGAUUCUUUAGAAAAUGUACCAUCAUUAUCUCUUCUCAAAGAAUUGAAUGCCCCUAAUAGAAUUCUGGAUGUGUUAGAUGCCAAGGUUGAAGAAGCUAGUCAAAAAUCAGAAAUACAAGAAGUGGACUAUGCAAAAUUGGAAGAGAGUGUGAUUGAAGAGGCCUAUUCAAAACAAUGUAGGAAGUCUGAUGUCUUACUGAAACUAGACCUGGAACAGGGAGAUUCAUCUGAAAUUCUUUCAAGGAAGGAUCUUCCUUUAGAUUCUGUAAAUGUUCAGAAAGACUUAGUUAGAUUAGCCAUUGAAAAUCUUCAUAAAAAACAGUUGAAAGAGAGAGAGUCAGAUCAAGGUACUGAUCACAGUACAAGCACCCAAUCAGAAAAAGAAGUUCAUGAACAAAGGAACAUAAAGGAAAGGGACUCAUCUUUGUCAGAGCAUCUUUUUGCUCCUAAGGAGACAUCAUACUCUGAAGAUUUUGAAGUGUCUUCUCUCAAGAAAGACAUUUCAGCUGAACUGUACAAAGAUGACUUUGAGGUGUCAUCUUUGUUGUCACUCAGGAAAGACUCUCAAUCUUGCAGAGAUGAGUCACGGCCAACAAAGAACUCUACAAGUAGAGCCACUAGCUUGGGCAGUGAUGAUGAAAUCAGUGAGUGCCUCAGUGAGAAAAGCCUUUCUGUUCAUAGCAGUGUCCACUCUGAGAGGCUAUUAGAACUCAAGUCCCCCACUGAGCUUAUGAAAAGUAAGGAGCGCAGUGAUGUAGAGCAUGAACAGGGAGUUACGGAACCCCCUUCCUUGGUUUCAGUUUCUGUUGCAGAUGAGUUACAUGAUUUCCACAUUGGCGAUAGGGUGUUGAUUGGCAAUGUUCAGCCAGGAACUCUUCGAUUCAAAGGCGUGACCAGUUUUGCCAAAGGAUUUUGGGCUGGAGUGGAGUUGGAUAAAGCUGAAGGAAAUAACAAUGGGACAUAUGAUGGCAUUGUAUACUUUGUGUGCAGAGAGAAGCAUGGUAUUUUUGCUCCCCCUCAAAAAAUAUCUCACAUUCCAGAAAACUUUGAUGACUAUGUAGACAUAAAUGAAGAUGAAGAGUCUUACUCAGAUGGACGAUAUCAAUACUAUAAUCAAGAACAAAAAGAUACAGCAGAUUCCAAAUUUGAUAGAGAAAAGGAUGCAGUUGAAUAUUUUUAUGAGAACUCUCUACCUAGUAUGCAUGAUAUAGAAGCCUCACUUGAUAGAAGCCUUAAAAUAGAAACAGACAAGGUACAGGACGUUUCUGGGGUACUUGAAGCCCAUGUUCACCAGCAAUCUUCAGUUGAUUCACUGAUCUCUUCAAAGGAAAACAAAGACGUUCCUGGUGCCAUAGAAAAGGCUUCCAUUGCUGUAGAAGGCGAUACUUUAGACAAUGCCUUUUCUGAAGAAUUAAAGCAGCAGCAGCAGCAGUUGACAGAAAAGGAAGAGGACCUACAUCCUGAGGUGUCAGAAAAGCUCUCUACUCCACUUCUAGAUCUUUUAACAAGAGAAAAGAACCAACUGGAAGCCCAGCUGAGGUCCUCACUAAAUGAGGAAAAGUCAAAGCAGCAGCUAGAAAAAGUCAGCUUACUGACAGACAGUUUACUAACAGUCUUUGUGAAGGACACAGUCAAUCAACUACAAGAAAUCAAAAAAGCUAGGAAUGAGAAAAUCCAGCUUAGCAAUCAAGGGCUUCUUGAUGAUGAUCGACAGAGUAUGCCACCCCAAGGCCUAUCCCAAAAUCUUGAGGAACAGUCAGCAAGCGUUCCAGAUUGCUUCUUAAGGCCUGACUUAGAAGAUGAAAAAGAAGAGAUUUCUUCACCAGAUAUAUGCCCCAGGCCUGAGAGUCCAGUAUUUGGUGCCAGUGGACAGGAGGAGCUCGCUAAAAGACUUGCUGAACUUGAGAUCAGCCGGGAGUUCCUGAGCGUGUUAGGAGAUGAUCAAGACUGGUUUGAUGAAGACUUUGGUUUGAGCUCUUCUCACAAGAUCCCCAAAAACAAGGCAGAAGAAACAAUUGUACCUCUAAUGGCAGAACCUAAAAGAGCUCCCCAAAAGCCAUGUGAGACACUAUUGGCAGUCCCCCAUACCACAGAGGAAGUAGAAACUCUUGUACAUAAUGCAGUGGAAGAACUCUGGAAAUGGAAAGAAUUAGGUCACGAUCUCCACAGCAUCAGUGUUCCUGCAAAACUGCUUGGCUGUGCCAGUAAGGGUCUAGAUAUAGAAAGCACUAGUAAAAGAGUCUACAAACAGGCGGUUUUUGAUUUAACAAAAGAGAUUUUUGAGGAAAUAUUCGCAGAGGAUCCCAACUUGAAUCAACCCGUCUGGAUGAAGCCAUGUAGAAUCAACUCCAGUUAUUUCCGACGAGUGAAAAACCCAAAUAACCUUGAUGAAAUCAAGAACUUCAUAGCCACCGAAGUGCUCAAGUUGUUUAGUCUUAAAAAGGAGCCAAACCACAAAACAGAUUGGCAGAAAAUGAUGAAAUUUGGAAGAAAGAAAAGAGACCGAGUGGAUCAUAUCCUGGUGCAGGAGCUGCACGAAGAGGAGGCGCAGUGGGUGAACUAUGACGAGGAUGAGCUGUGUGUGAAGAUGCAGCUCGCCGAGGGGAUCUUCGAGACCUUGAUCAGAGAUACUAUCGAUGUUCUGAAUCAGAUCAGUGAAAAACAGGGGAGAAUGCUACUUGUGUGACAUCUUGCAAAUAAAUCGAACACUGAGUGUAAUAUGAGUCCUGGGCCUUUCUGCCUCCUGAUACACACCCCAUCUCCAUCAUAGCAAGAGUGCUCCUGGACUUGGUACCUUUCCUUAAAGACUACUGGUUUGGAGUUCAUGGGACCAUGCGGUAUAUCUGGUAUGACAGCCUUUGCCUUUAGAGACCGUCCACUGGAUCCACUGGUUAUUUUCGGUGGGCAGGGCCGCACUCCUGAUGUUGACACGUGGUAUAAUCCUACACCUCUUGUUAGCGCCCCUACCAGGUCCCAGAUGUGGGCUGAAAACACCAGACUCACCUCUUAGCUUAGACGAGGCUGUCUCUUCGUUGAAUCUGAAGUCAGGCGGGGUGAGGUGUAUAGCUAACGUGCGUCCUACCAUUUUGGAGACGUAAUCCUGGUCUAUACCAUGAAAGUCAUAAAUGGACACGAUAGUCUCUCAACAGUAUUAAACCCUUAACCACUUCUAAAUAGGCAAGUUUAAUCAUGUGUGCCUAUUUCACACUUUGGAAUUCCUUUCGCUUCUUUUUGAAGACCGUUUUCUUCCAUUCUUGCAGUUGAGCAGCACCGAGUGGACCUGUCGAGUUAACAAGUCAGUGGUAGCCUUGCUUUCUGAGCACCAUCUACAGAAUUUUAAACCUUUGCAUUAUUUUUAGUUUUCUCUGUGUGGGCAUGAAAACGAGGAAUGCCCCCACUGAAGACCGGGCUCAAAGGACGGAUGCGGGGCCGGCUCCUCUACCCCUUCUUCUGUCCCUGCACUUUGCUUACUCCUUCUAAACCUCUGCCAGCUGCCCCCAGAAUCCCAGAUCCUCAGGACCAUCUCAGGCAUCCAGGCAUGGCAAAAGUGGAAAUGAUUCAUUUUGGCCUUCAAACGUUCAACUCCCCCCCCCCCCCCCAUCUCUCCCCCAAGAAGUCAGAGACGCUGUUACUUGAAUGAUUUAGGAAAUGAGUGUGUGCACCAAAGACAAAAAGAUAUUGUCUGUUGUUCGUGUGCUUGUGUUGCGCUAUGGAACAUUUUUUUUUUUAUUUAUUUUCAGAUAAAUUAUUAAGUUGGAAACGUGUGUCCCUAUUCAGAAGUGAAAGAUUCUUCUUGUAAUAGUUAAGCUUCCGUCUUGAAGCUUCUGUGGUUCAUAGUCUUUGCACAGGAAACCUACGGUUUAAACAGACCCGUACACAUAUCGAAGAAGGCAGUUUGAUUCGGUGAAAAGAAGAUGAGCUUUUCCGAGAUCACCUGCAGUAGCAGGAAUGGAAUAAGGUGAUUUAAAGACACUGCACAAUUCAGUUCUGCCUCUCCUGCAGCAUUGCUUCUCACAACUCUUACCUGUACCUGAAAAGAAAUACAUAGACUCCAGCUGCUACGUUAGAGCACACAUGAUGCUCUCCGGGACCUCAAUACACUGCCUUCUCGACUGGUUUCUCUUAAUCGGUCCCAUCCUUCUUCAAGUAAUCUAGAAGAAUGUGGAUAAUCUUAGGCGUGAAUGUAAAUGCCUUAAUAUUGGAAGGUCCUGACUAGAAGCAUGAUAUAAGACAUCCACUGGAUUCCUAUUUACAAAUAUCCUGGAAUGUUAGAGCUUCACAAUAUGUUAGAAAAACCCCAAAGAUGGUAUAAUCUUUAAGUGUGCACGUUCGUUCAUUUCUGCAUCUUCCCUGUCAACUUGCCUUUGCGUCUCAAGUGUUUCACUAUGCACACUUCCAUUCCUCCUUGGUUUCAUCUUGUCAUCAUGAGACACUUACUGAAAUGAUCAUUGGAAUAUUUGCAUUUUGCACAAUGACUGGUCUGAUAGCUCUUGACAAAUAAGGAAAGCACUGAAAUGUGGUGACUGGGUCUCGGGAAAUGCGCAGUUUGAUGCAUCGCCAGCAUUUCUUCUGGGCUUUUGAUGUUGAGCUCUAGUCUUGUAGCCAUAACGAGCAGAUUGACUAAGAGAAGCUAGGGUUUCUUGGGGUUAUUAACCAGUAGUGUGGAGAUAUUGUUCUCACGCGGCCAAGGAAAAGCAAAGGCCUUUGUUUUUAGUCUGUGUUACUUGGAAGACAGAAAAACAUCUUGUCUACACCCUUUGGCUGUUUGUAGGAUUACAUUGUCCUUAUGAUACUGAAACUUUACAGCUGCUAUAAAUUUUUUAUAAGUGAAUAUAAAAAUAAUAUAAUAGGAAUAUAGGUUGUUUUUCUACAUUCUCAUUAUUUGGAUCUAAAUCAAUUUUUAAUAAGAAAGUUAAUCUUUACUCUUUAUGACUUAUGAUUCCAGAAAAGGAAAAGAGUAGAUCAGAGUGCGGAGCCCGUAGAGUUCCGUGGUGAGGGCGCUGCUGGGGCUGCGCGGUCCUCAGAAAUCCGGGCUCCACCGGGGAGGCAGCAGUCGGUCCGUCUUGCCCCUGCUUAGAAAUGGUUGUCCAUAGUUUGGUAGCAGAAAACAGAGGAAUCUAUAAUUAGCAGAUUUCUUAUUAUUUUAACUAUUGGAUAUAAUGGAAAAGGUGUUUCUUGUUAGCAUUAGGAUUGAUGACUGUGGAUAUGCAGCCACUCGUUCCAUAUUGGGAUCUUUUUAAUCAAGCUCUGCCUCUUCAAGAAUCUAAAUAGUCCCUCUUUCUAAUCUUUGUUCCUUCUCCCCACGCUCCCAUCCUCUUUCACUCUUUCUUUGUAAUUCCUCUAAGAAAAAGAUCUUUGCAUCAGCAGUAAUAUCUUUUAGAAUAGCACUAUCAGAAUUUAGUAGUAAACCAACAUAGAGGCUUCAGAUUUAUUUCUGAGUCCAAAAUAAUUUGUGCUAUCCAGGGUACUUGACUCUGGGUUAAAUAAGUACAGGGUAUAGAUUCCCUCUUCAGGUCUAAACAGGAAUUUUUAUUCUAGGGAAAAGUGGGAAGAGCUCAAAAGUAGUUAAUAAGGAAGGCAAUUUGUUUUUCUUUUACCCGAAAGAAAAGAAAAUUCCUUCUGUGACUACAGGUCUCUGAGAAAUUAUCUUUCAGAAGAGAUUUCAUUGCUCAUAAGAGUGUUGUGGCCUAUUGAUAAAAACAAUUUUGUUCACUUUCUUGUCUUGAAAAAAAGUGGCCUUAGCUUUUUGCAAUACUUGAAUAAAGUGUGUACUCGCACAGCGUUAGAGACUCAUAACUUUUCUGCAAGAAGUUCAAACUUACAUCUUCUUUUACUACCUUAAGAAUACUAGUGAAUAAAAACAUUAAUUCAAAGAGCAAAUGAUAGAAACUACAAUGAUGUUUAAUGCAAAUUGUAGGAACUUACAUGUUUACAAAUCAUCUUAAACUGGUUGUGCAGCAAUUCAAUAAAAUAUCUUUGUAUUAUAAAAAUGUGAAGAAAACAAUGUAAACUGAUGUAAAGGAGGUACUGUCAUUUUAAUUAACCUGUAUGUUUAAUAGCUUUUCCUUCCGGACUUUGCAAAGCCUUCUCGGGAAACACGUUGCAAAGCGUUCUCUGGGAGGCCUGGCCUCCAUGUGUGUACUGUACUGUGCAGACAUGAAAAAACAAACCCGUUUACUGUGUAUGUGUAAAUAGCCUGGUCACCAGGCCAUUUUCAGCCAAUAGUCACAUCCGGUGCAGCUCGCACACGACACUUGGGGUGUGGUUUGUAAGUAUGACCUGUAAAAUAACUGGGAUGGAUUCCCAUGUAUACCUGUGUAAAUAGAUUUGUUAACUGAAAUGUACUUUAAGAAAAGAGAAAAUCUGUAAAUAAACUGAUUUAUAAAUUAA